AUGAAUGCAUCGCCUCUUCCUUCUUCGGCAAGCAACAACAUCAACACAGAAGCCUUCAACAAGUACAAAUUCGAUGAAUCCAUCUUUUCUCGGAACGAACAAGAAAUAUUUGUCUUUCUUUCAGUAUGCACAAAAUGUCGCAGAAAACUCACCGAAUUACAAGUCGAUAAAUUUGAUAUGGAAAGAUUUAAAAAGAAGGAAACAAAAUUUCCUCAUGAAAUGAAAACAAUUUUUGAAAGUUUAUGUGCAGCCAAACAAUUGUCAAUGGCACCGGCAGCUCCUUGUUUGAGUGCAUGGAAAGAUAUUGACAUUUCUUCAAAAUAUUAUUAUUCCAAUGAAAGAAAUGCACUUUUUAAAGACAUGUUAAAUUGUGCUUCAUUGGAUUAUGAUCAAGACAUGAAUCGAUUUAUUAACUUUAAGGAUGAUCAAGCCUAUGAGGAUUAUAUGAAAAUGCAAGAAUUUGGAAACCAAUUGGCUCAACGAGGAAGUGUUAAAAAAGUUUCUGUCAUUUACAACAAUUUGAUGCAUCCAGUCAUGGAUGACAAUGGAGAAUUGAUUCAAGGAGAUAAUUCUCCAAGUACACAUGGUAAUGACUCUCUUUCUCCCAAUGAUAUCAUGAAAAUGAAGAAAAUUAUUCGAAAAUUGAAGUUGGAAAAACACACCGAUCAUGUUUUGGAUGAUUUUGAAGAUUUGAAAACACUUCCUCCACAUUUUCAAGCGUAUUCCUAUGCAAUAUCUUCUGCAUUUUGCUCAAAUCAUGUCAUUCAGUGUUUACGAAAGAGACUUCCACUCCAACCCGAAAAGUAUCAAGCAUGA